AUGGCAGACGUCUGUGCAAAAUGUGGCAAACCCUUUACUUCGGGUUCCAUUUUAAGCGCUCUUGAUAAGAAGUGGCAUCCAAAUUGUUUCAACUGUGCCAACUGUGGAAGUAGCUUGGCAAGCCAACCGUUUCAUGUGAAAGACGACGUGCCCUACUGUCCUCCCUGUUGGACGGAAAAGUUCCAGCCCAAAUGCGCGAAGUGCGGAAAGGCAAUUCCACCCGACGAACAGUACAUGACAUACAACGAGCAGGCUUACCACAAAGAGUGCUUCAUAUGCCAUAGAUGUCAGGGCUGUUUGGCCGGAAAACAGUUUUGCAUCAAAGAUAGCAACUUCUACUGUCCUGAAUGCGUGUGA